GGACAAGGAAAUGUUCUUACUUGAUACAAAAAUUCGAAUACAUGAUAGUUAAGCGGAAAAUGAAACCCUCUCCCGGGAAAAUUCUUCUCGUCACAGAGGUUGUGAAAAGCUUCAAUCCAUUUCUUAUGCAUUGCCUUCGUCGUUGAAAUUUCUUGUUUGUUCAAUUUUCCGGUUCCCAACGCCGAUGAUCGAUUGUUUCAGUAGAGAAAUGCAAGCGAAUGCAGAUUCUGACUGCGACAUCUCCGAGGACGAUGAGUUUGAUUCAAUUGAAGGAGCUACCGAGGGAAAGGAAGAACUUCAGCUCAAUUUAAGGCUGGAAAGGCUCAAAGGAAUAAGAGGCAAAGCCAAACCUAAAUUUACGUUUCAUUCACAGAGGAAAGAACAAUCAUGCUCCGUUAUUUGUGAGGAUAGACUCUGCUCAGCAUCCAUAUCCAAGGUUCAUAGUUUAUCAGAGACCUUUGAUGCCAUUACAUCAAGAACUGACAAGUAUCCAGUUUCAGAAUGCCUCGAAGAUUUGGUGGAAGAAUUUGAAGACCAAUUUGACGCUGGGCCUGCACUGAACUGUGGAAAUACUGAGAGUUCAAUUGCCGAGCUUUUAGAUGGCCUUAAAGAUAAGAAUAGUUCACUGGGUGGAGUCAUGAAUGGCCAAUUUGGGGGGAGAAUGCUCCCAAUUAUUGAGAAUAGGGCUCUUGUUGUUUCUAGAUAUAGAAGGGCUGACAGUGAAGAUUCCCCUAUUUCUGUGGAUGACGAAUCAUUAAGUGACCAUGAGGCCAACGAUCAGAAGUUGAAGCUUGCUGUUCUAUGCACAAAGGAGCAAUCAAUUACCGAUAGAUUUGAGGAAGCUUUAGUUGCUGCAUGUAUGGACGCUGAAAGGACUAUUGGGUUGAUGCCAAAUCCACUAGGGUCAGUUGAUCUAUUAUUUGGCUCUUGUUCAUUCGACAGAAUUGGCUUAUUUGGAAAGCUGCAGCGAGUCAUGCAGAGUGAAAAAGAACUAGAGAUCAAUUUCUUGAAUGGGCUAGAUUGCAGCACAAUUCCAAAUGGCUGCAUUGAUGUAAAGAUCCUAUCAAGAUACUUGGAUGCAAAGUUAACAGUAUGCUCUUGCCUCUUUAUAGACAUGGAGCGCUCUCUGUUGCAAAAUGGUGAUGAAUUCAUCGCAACUGAAGAUGAAAAAAGGACAGUUAUUUUCAGCCCACGAGUUUGCAGCAAUGUUGAACUCGAAGUUGGAAACCUAAUUCGAAUCAAUCCCCCAUGGAAAGAAGUUCCGGUUGAUGAUGCUCACAGUAUUAUCUUGUCAACAUAUUUCACCCAACUCACUUGAGAUCUUCAGAAGGUAUGUUGCAUAUUUGCCUGUUACAUAAGUAAAAGACCAAUGUAAGCAUUCUGUUUAUAACCCCUUAACUAAGCCUUUAUCUACAGAGUAUGUUAAUACCUUUUUUGUUUACUCGAAAUAUGUAGCAGGUAUUAAGAUUUGGAACCAUCUCGUCAUCAUUUAAGACAUCUCUAUUUCUUUUAAUGGUUGGUAGAUUCAAAUACUCGCACAUAAUUUUCUUUUUCUUUUUC